CCCACACCCUGACCAUGAAAACACACACCAAAUCAUUUAGUCUUAGUUCUUCCCGCCCCUCUCUGCCCCAGAUAUCUAAUCCUGAGCACAUGUGUGGAGCCAGAGACGGACAAGAGUUGAAGAGAGAGGCCAAACAAAGCUGCCUGUAUAGUAUCCUGUACCCAUCUUCUACUCUCAGAAAGAACUGAAUUGGACAACGGGGAGAGGAAAUACAAUCAAACUACCUUGUGGACCAUCAAAAUUCCUUUCAUUGGAUUAAGGUGAAAGGUCUCCUGGCGGUCGUGUGGAAGUGCUGUAUCCCAGUUUGUCGCUCCACAAGCCACAAGAUCCGAAGUCAACAUGUGUACGGGGAAAUGUGCCCACUGCAUUGGAGUGUUUCUGUACCCCUUAGCGCUCACCUCGAUCAUCUGUAACAUUAUCCUUUUCUUCCCUGGCUGGGAUGUGCAGUACGCCAAAGAUGGACACAUAACCGAGGAGGUGAAGUACAUGGGUGGCCUUAUCGGCGGGGGCAUCAUGGUGUUAAUACCUGCAAUCCACAUACACCUGACAGGAAAGCAAGGCUGCUGUAACAACCGUUGUGGGAUGUUCCUGUCAAUUGCAUUUGCUGCUGUUGGGGUCGCUGGCGCCCUCUACAGUUUCAUUGUGGCCAUGCAUGGUUUGAUCAAUGGGCCACUCUGUAGAGUAGGAUUCAUUUGGAUGACUCCUUUUAAAGACAAUGAAGAGAGCUACCUUAACAACCAGAACAAGUGGUUUGUGUGUACUGCACCUGAGAAAGUGGUAGAGUUCAACAUAGGACUGUUUAGCACACUAGUGGCGGUAAGUGCAGUGCAGACGAUACUGUGCUCCAUCCAGAUGAUCAAUGGCCUCUUCGGUUGCCUCUGUGGCACCUGCAAAUCUAAAGGGCCGCUGUAGUAUCCUGGUGCUAUGAGGAUGUGGAUCAACUCUUACCUGGAAAUAUGAUGACUUGCGCCCUCUUGUGGCAGAGUAGGAAAGAAGCGCCAACACCUGAUGAUCUUCAUUCUGCGAAGGGACACUUGAAAUACAAAAAGUGGUUAUCUACUGUAGAAGCUUUUAUACAUAUGAUUACUGGGGGGGGGGGGGGGGGGUAGAUUAAACAGAUAAUUGGCAGAUGCUAUGUACUUAAUUGUGCCAUGUACAGUUUCUAUAGAUUAAACAGCAUUUCAAAAGAUAAAUACUCACUGCUACAGAUCAUUGUGUACGUAUACAUCAAUAGCUACAAUUAUUUGUAAGUCUAGAAUCAAUAAAUAUGAUUUUAAAAAUGUUUUGGUACUGUGGCCAUUUCCUUAUGAAUACUGUAGCCUGUUGUGUCAAAUUGCUAUUGAAUCUGUGUAACUUCUCUACAUCACAUUAAAAUUGCUGUGAGAUUUCUGUCA